GGCUGCAUGGACAAUGUCUGAAGACUCAGAGGAUGAUAACGAUACCGACAGUGACGGGUCGGAUGAACAAGGUUCAUUUUUCAGAGCGUUGCUGAUUGGUUUCAGUAAUGGCAUUAUCAAUUUUCUGUGUAAGACGAGUUGUCUGCGAGGCAUUCGCAACAUGUUGAACAUUCCAUCUCAGUCGUUCCCUGCGCCGAGCUCUCAGCAGCGGGUAGCUCAGCCCGGCCAGUCGGGGAGGACCAAGGUUGCCUUGAAACCAGGCCACAGUCUUAUGGACUGGAUUCGGUUCUCAAAAAGUGGAAAAGAUCUAACCGGCUUCCGGGGGCGUCUGAUCGAAGUUACCCAUGAAGAAUUGAAGAAACACAACUCCAGGAAUGACUGCUGGACUAGUAUACGAGGUAUGGUGUAUAAUGUCACCCCCUACAUGGACUAUCACCCUGGUGGAGAAGACGAGCUGAUGAAGGCAGCGGGCAUAGAUGGCACCGACCUCUUUGAUCAGGUUCAUCGGUGGGUUAACUAUGAGUCCAUGUUGAAAGAAUGCCUGGUGGGUCGGAUGGCUACAAAGCCCACUACAGCAAUUAAAGCUAUUAACCCACCACCUCAACCAGUCUUCACCCCCUCAAACCAAAUGGCUCCUCUGGCUGUCAAAGACUCUCGUCCUCGGUAUGACUGGUUCCAAACGGCAAAAACAGUUCAUCUGGUUAUCUAUGCCCAAAGGAAGGUACCAAGCUCUGGCUGUACGGUUGUUGAUCUUAAGGAUGGCAUACUACGAGUAGAAGUGCUGCUUGGAAAAAUGUCCUACAUUAUACAUUUACGUCUUUCUGAAAAUGUAAAUGGAAACAUUGCUGUUCAGACUGCCUUUUCUGUGGGAAAGAUCCAGGUGACCAUCUACAAGCAAGCAGAAGGAAAAUGGUCAAGCUUUGGUCAGCCGUUGGAAUUCCACGACACAUUUUUAGGCAAAAAGGACAGAGGUCUUUUCUUCCGAGACUGCAUAUUGGUGUCGAAGACUGAGCUAAACCAUAACACGCAUAUGUUUCAAUUACAACUUCCAAGUGGGACUGUCAUGCAUGUGCCUGUUGGGGCACACCUCUACUUCAAAUCCCUCAUUCAAGACGUAGAGGUAGUGCGGCCGUACACCCCAGUGGAUCAGGGUCUUUCUGUUGAGCCAAAUAACUCUUCAGAAAAAAACAACCUCUUCUUCAUCAUUAAGGUUUAUCCUGAUGGAGUACUUACUCAACAUCUCAACAGCCUAUGCUUAGGUGACCAUGUAUCUGUUAGUGGUCCACAGGGUACCUUCAGUCUCCGCCCCCUUCGUGAUACCACAGUUCUCUACCUUUUAGCAGCAGGCACAGGAUUCACUCCAAUGUCUCGUCUCAUUCAACUGGCACUACAGGAGAUCACCACGAUCAGGAAAACUUUGUUGCUGUUUUUUAACCGUCGGGAAGCGGAUAUUCUUUGUCGAAAGGAACUGGAUGAACUAACUGCCAAUGAUGAAAGGUUCCAGGUGGAGCACAUCCUCUCGGAGCCGUGUGAAAGCUGGACCGGCAGGAAGGGCCGUGUUGACGAUGCAGUAAUCAAGGAUUUUCUCAGUAGGCCAGAGGGCUCAAAGUGCUAUGUGUGUGUAUGUGGCCCCACUCUCUUUACAGAGGAGACAAUAAGGUUGGUGAAGCAACAGGGCUUCAUUGAAGAAGAAUUCCACGCUUUCCACGGCUGAUGUGCUCUGCUGCAAACAUGCAAAGACUGUGUGUGCCUUUGAUUGGCAAUCAGACUUCAAUGUAGUUAAUGCCAUUCUGUUACAGUAUGUGUGAGGAUAGAACAUUCUAUGCACCAAGGGCAUGACAAUAUACUACUAGCCGUUUUAAGAGUGGCCAACUCUAUGUUGUCAGCUGUAUUAAAGGGACUGUACGGGAUUUUUAGAGUUAAUCUAAAAUACUUUUCUACUCCGAGCAUGCGCCACAAAUGCCCUGAUGAAUACACAGAGCCCUGACAUUUUGAGACUGCCCCAAAAAGCUCUUUUUCUUACCUUCAAUAGAGAGGGUUUGGGUUGACCACGCUGGCGUUCCCACGGCAGCAGCGCUGUUUCACCUUGACUCGGCCUAGUUUACGCUUGGCAAAAACACUGUUCUAACCCACUUAUGAGUUACUACAAACUUUUUAACGUUUCUGGUGCUGAUUUGAUGGGCCAAACGUUCACUGAUCUUUGUUCAUGCUUGUACAAGCUUGCGCGCCAUGCACGAGCUGCAGUUAGAUUUUAAUUGCAGUCAGGAGUAAAAAGUGACAAACUCUGUAUAGUCCCUUUUGUUUUUUAAACCUGUAGAAUACUGUUCGAUGUACAAUAUGCACUGAAUCCACACCACUAAAGAAAACUUAUUUAACAAUGUUUUGUUUAUAUCUUGUUCCUUUUGAUUUCCUUUUCUAAGACUA